CCUUCUUCCUUUUCAUGAUACGCCUUAUGUUCUGACUGCCAGAGGUGACUUCAUUCUAUGUUGUAAUGUUAACAUCAGUCAUUGCCAGUUAUUUGUGACUUUGUAGAGGAAACAAAAAUUAACCAGGGCAUAAAAGUGUUUUUCUGUAGGAUUGAGCACCAGUCAAUAGCGAUGUCUCAGAGCUGCCUGAACUGUCUCAAGUACACAAUGUGUGCAAUCAACUUUCUCUGCUGGUUGUUUGGAACAAUCGUCCUUGGCAUCGGGGUCUACCUGAUGAUGAACUCCAAGUUCUCUUCGUUGAUCCCAUCCCUUCCCUCCAUCAAUCUGGCCAGUGGCCUUGUGAUCAUCGGCACUAUUGUGACCUGCAUCUCAUUCCUGGGUUUCCUGGGUGCCCUCAAGGAAAAUCGAUGCCUCCUCUUAUCUUUUUUCAUCCUGCUCUUCAUCCUGAUGAUGGCCGAGCUGUCUGUGGCCUGUCUUCUGCUGUUGUAUGAGAGAAAGAUCGACAGAUUCAUUGAAACAGACUUAACUGAAAGUCUGAAAAAAUCCCACGAUUUUAGAAAAAGUAAUAAUGAAACUGAUGACUGGGACAAUUUGCAGAAAUUAUUUGAGUGCUGUGGUGUUCAUAAUGCAUCUGAAUGGGGACAAAAUAUUCCUCAUUCCUGCUGUCAGACUUCCAACUGCAAGAAUGAACCACGCCUCUGGGAAAAGGGCUGCUACAAAAAACUGAAGGACAAAUAUGAGGAAAACCUCCUGACCAUUGGGGCCAUUGUGAUUGUCAUGUGCAUCAUCGAGGUCUUGGCCAUGUGCUUCUCCAUGACGCUGUUCUGUCACAUAAGCCAGUCUGGACUGGGCUACAAGUGAAGCAGCCUCUGAAUACGGUGACCUGUCAAGACAGCUGGAGGUGAAGGUCAUGAAAGUUCCCCUUGCAGUCACAGCUCCCUAAACUGAUCUCACUUUACUUGUUUUGUAUUAUAGCCAUUGAUUUUUAAAUGGAAAAGCCUCUAUUGUCAUUGUAUAUGUAAGGUACAUCAAAAUUGUUCAUAUGCUGAUGAUUUUGUGAAAGUAAUUGAAUUUAAAGGUAAUCAACUAGAUUGCCUGGUAUUAAUUAUUUUGAGACUGAAUUACUUAAGCUUUUAAAAUAUAAUCAUAAUGAUACUUAGUCUUUCCUUAAAUUUUAUCUUUUGUUUUUACUCAGAUAACAAAUAAUAUAUACAGCCGCAGAAAAAAAUUAGAGACCACAGCACAAUUUUCUCAAUUUAUGGGUGUGCGUCUGUGUAUAAUAUAUGUUUAUUAUA